UGACGAUCACGAUCUUAGUGCACUUGGAGUGGCCCCCGAGUGACAGAUUCUUGCGGGAAACUUAAGCGAGAAUAUUCAAAUAGGCAGCCAUGUUAGUUUGGCAUUUCCGCUACUACAGAACAUGGUCAAAUAUUCUGGUGUGACUUGAAGUUGGCAUUAGCCCGCCAAAAUAGGAGGAGGCUAAGAUCAUUACAAUCGUAAACGUAAGAUUCGUUAAAUUAUUAAAUAUAGAAACCGCAGUUGCCAAGUGGGAAUCGGCCUUUAGUUUCAGCGCUUGACAUGCGCAGUGUAUGGAUCGGUUUGGAUGAUUUAGGGCAGGCAGACGUCUUGUGGCAUCUUGCGAUCUGUGUUUUUUUAAAACCUUUCGAGAUUUAUUUGUGCAUGGAUUGGUCCUUCUGAACUGUAAGUCAUAUUCAAGUUCAAUUGUUGUUUUAAAAGAACAUCUAACCUCAUUGAGGCAGAAGACAAAAGAACUGCAAAUACAAUAGUCCAACUGCCAUUGGAUUGUUGGAGAUACCCAUGGAUUACAACAUUGCAUUUGUUAAAAUUGAACCAAAACAAGAAGAAGAAAUAAAUUUCUCCCUCGAAAGAAACAUUUUUGUAAGCAAUGAUCUUGCGGAGACCAUGAAACAAGAAUAUAGUGAGACUUCGACUACUGCAGAAUAUUGCAGCCAGGAGUACAAUGGGAAAGAUGUUCAGAAACAAGGUCAUUUGUCUACUAUUAAAUCUGAAACUGUAAAGUCUAAAUGCAUGACGAAUAAUGAACAAAAUGUACACUUUUUGUCGGACAUCUUUAAAUGUCCAAAUUGUGAUUAUGCAACAAAUGUUAAACAGUAUUUACAAGCACAUCUCUUAAAGCACAAAACGUUUAAAGAGUUUAAGUGUGCAAAUUGUAAUUAUGCAACAAAUACCAAGAAGAAUUUGAGGCAACAUUUGCUAGCACACAGCGCUUCCAAAGUUUUUAAAUGUGACGUUUGUAAUUAUGCCUCAAACGUUGAAAGCCGUUUGAAGUCACAUCUUUUAACACACAGCGAAUCAAAAGACUUUAAAUGUGACAUUUGUGAUUUUGCAACAAAUACAACGUAUAACUUGAAGCAACAUAUCGUAUUACAUAGUAAUUCAAAAGGUUUUAAAUGUGAUAGUUGUGAUUAUGCAACGAAUGCCAAGCACAAAUUGAGGCAUCAUUUCUUAAAACACAUUGUUUCAAAAUCUUUUAAAUGUGACAUUUGUGAUUAUGCCACAAACAUUAAGAGCUGUUUAAAGUCGCAUCUCUUAAAACAUAGUGAUUCGAAAGAUUUGAAAUGUGACAUUUGUGAUUACGGAACAAAUACAAGGCACAAUUUGAAGCAACAUUUCUUUCUAAAGCACAAGGUCUCGGUCUCAGAAGUGUUUAAAUGUGACGUUUGCGAUUAUGCUACCAAUAUUAAAAGCCGUUUUAAGACACAUCGCUUAACACACAAUGAUACGAAAGAGUUUAAAUGUAAUAUUUGUGAUUAUGUAACAAACGUUAAAGUGUAUUUAAAAAGACAUUUAUUAAGGCACUACAAGUAUUGAAAGGUUUUAAAUGUGCAAAUUGCAAUUAUCUAACCAAAAAAAACAACAUCUAAUUUUACACAAAGCUUUUAAAUGUUUUAAAUGUGACGUUUGUGAUUAUGCCACAAAACAGAAACAUAAUUUUAAACAACAUCUCGUCUUUCGAAAGAAUUUAAAUGUGAUGCUGGUGAUUAUGCAACGGUUAUAAAACAAAAUUUUCAGAAGAAUAAAAAGGACUGGACAAAUUUAUUAAUUGUUUAUGUAGGUAUUACAAAAAUAAUUUGUUUUAUGUUGUAUCAUUAGAUAAAUAUAUGACUUUCA